AAAAAGUUGAUUUUAUCCUCGAGGCAUGAACGUAGAUUUUUAAUAGCUGGUUUCCUACGAUUUCUUUUUUGUUUUAUUAAAUAUAUGAAUUUUUGUUUUAGAAAUACAAAUUGCGAGAUCUAUUAGACAAGGAGUGAAAAAAUCGCAACCAGUAUCCUAUUAUAAAUCAUUGAAUAUGCCCACUAAAGACUAGCGUUCUGCGUACCGUAUACGUCAUUCUAGGAUUGAAGUAUAAGACGAUUUUACGGUAUUUUUGGUUUUCACCAUUUGUGUAACAUCAAAGAUGUCCCUCUACGAUGGAUUGGGCGUUGAUAACACUCAGGGCAAAGCAACUGGAUGGUCACCUAGUUUUCAAAUGCUAAAAACCCAACUUCAAGCCCGCAAAGCAACACUGACAAAAGCAAAAAAUGAAAAAGGAAGAUUGUCAUCUUCUGUUGCCCCAGUGGUUGACUUCACUAAACUAAGGCAGGAUGAUACUUCAUUGGAGGAUAUGAGAGAUGCAAAACCGAGUGUUUUUCUUGGCGGUGAAAUACUUGAAAAGUUCGCUGACGAAUAUGAUCCGUUACACCCCAACGAUUAUGAUCACAUGACCAAAAAGGACAGAGAGCGGAAGGAAAAUCAGCAAGAUGCUGGGAGGGAUCGUGAGCUUGAAGAGAGGAGGAAGAGAAGAGCUGAGAGACACGCUAAGAAAGGUCCAGAUGAUGAACUUCCUCGUCCCAUGGGAUUUGGAGAUGAAGUUGAUUUUGAACGAGAGAAAAAGAAACGAGUUAUGGGAAACAAAGUAGCGAUCGCACCGCCCACUGUUCUUAUUGAAGCCGACAAGCAAUCUCUUCCAACAGGUAUGGCUCCUACCUCAGAUCGAUCAAUGUCUCCCCCACUGCCAAGCGCUGUUGGAACUCAGUUUGCCAGGAAUCUCGCUGGAUCUGUUGCGCAUAAAAUCAUGGCGAAGUAUGGAUUUAAGGAAGGGCUGGGUCUCGGUAAAGACAACAAGGGAAUGAGUCAUGCACUUCAGAUCGAGAAGACGAGCAAAAGAGGAGGAAAGAUCAUCUCAAGCGAACAGAUUGAACAACAACUUGAGGAAGAAUAUAAAAAAGAACAACAAGAAAAGAAAUCUGUGACGGAUCUGCUCAAGAAUCCAACUAAAGUUAUUUGUUUAAGGAACAUGGUUGGUCCUGGUGAGGUCGACGAUGAUCUUGAAGCGGAAACAAAAGAAGAAUGUUCCAAAUAUGGAAGUGUUAAUAAGUGUCUUAUAUUUGAAAUGCAUGGCGUAACAGAAGACGAAGCGAUCCGAAUAUUUAUCGAGUUCGACCGAAUGGAAUCCGCGAUUAAAUCAUUGGUUGAUAUGAAUGGACGUUUCUUUGGCGGCCGAACCGUCAAAGCUUCGUUUUAUGACGUCGAAAAAUUUAAAUCAUUUCAGCUAUCAGACCCAAUUACGUGAUGUGUUGCGUCAUAAUAGACAUUGAUGUAAUCGUCUAUGGGACAAUGACACGAUAAUACGUUAUAUUAUAUGUAUUGUGUUUAUUAGCACUGGCGUAUUGGACCAAGUGAAAACGAAUGAUCUCGUUUUAAAACCCGUAUUCAAUCAUUAUCGGAUUAGAAUACAAACAACGUUAUUUUAAUAUCUUUUUGAAUGUAGUGUGUAAGAUUUACUAAACAAACGGUAAAUCGUGGCAAAUUAUAUAUAGUACUGUGGCCUGUGGGGUAAGAUGGCCCUGGGAUACUGUUACCUCCUAAAUCACUCAUUUCCUAAUUCUGUUACUGUAUAGUUAACAACGAUUUCAAGAGUCGCGGGCUACGGUAAAA